UGUCCGACUACGACACAAUGCCCUCUGAGAAUACAGGCCGUUUUAAGCGAUCCAAUGAUUGUGCACCGCAUUGAAGUCAGUGUUUUAGAUAUAAACGAUAACUCGCCAGAAUUCAUUGAGCAAUCGUAUUCGUUAAACAUCUCGGAAUCAAUGUCACCGGGAGAACGAUAUCUUCUCCCUAUAGCAGAAGACGGAGAUAUAGGCAGCAACUCAGUAAAGAGCUACAAGCUGAGUCAAAAUGAACAUUUCUCGCUUGAUGUGCAGAGUGGUGGAGAACACGGUGUGUCUGCUGAGCUCGUAAUUAACAAGGCUUUAGAUCGAGAGAAACAGCCGAGCUACAAGCUGAGCCAAAAUGAACAUUUCUCUCUUGACGUGCAGAGCGGCGGAGAACACGGUGUGUCUGCUGAGUUAGUGCUGCAGAAAGCUUUAGAUCGAGAGAAACAGUCGGUGAUCACGCUUCUCUUGACGGCGGUAGAUGGAGGGAAACCCCCGAGGUCGGGGUCUUUACAAAUAUAUGUAAAUGUUAUAGAUGUCAAUGAUAAUAUACCGACGUUUAGCAAAUCGCUUUAUAAAGUGCGUGUUAUCGAAAAUGCAACUCCUGGAGCAUUUGUAAUAAAGUUAAAUGCAACCGAUUUAGACGAGGGCAUGAACAGUAAGAUCCUGUAUUCGUUUAUCAAACGAGGUAAUAUUGAUCCAUCAAAUAUUUUUGAUCUGAAUUCAGAAACGGGAGAAAUUACUGUGAAGGGCAGAUUAGACUAUGAAGAGACGCCUGCUUAUGAAGUCAGAGUUCAAGCAAUGGAUCAAGGGGCUUUUCCUCGUAGUGCUCAUGCUAAACUGCUGAUAGAGGUAAUUGAUGUGAAUGACAAUGCCCCAGAAAUAUCUGUGACAUCAUUGAUGACACCUGUAAAAGAAGAUGCAGAACUGGGGACAAUUGUUGCCUUGGUAACAGUGAGUGAUAAAGAUGGAGGGAAUAAUGGUGUAACUAACUGUAAGGUUGUUGAAUCUGCACCCUUUAAACUCAAGUCCAACUACAAAAAUGACUAUUCAUUAGUAGUAGAUGGACCUCUGGACAGAGAA